GGUGGUUGUUAAAAUCUCGUGGUUUAGGGUUUCAAGAAAAUUGAAAAAGGAUAAACAGUUUUCUGUAGCAAAAUGAAUAGAGCUUAGUUAUUGCUCUACUAUAAAAAAUAUUAAGUGAUUAAGUUAUAAUUAUUCCAUUUACAAUGAUUGCAAAAGUGCAAUUCGUUGAUAUUAUUGAACCGAGAAAUACACAAUUUGGUAUAUUUAAGUUUAUGACUCGACCAUGGUAUCCAAAAAAAACUUUAAUUAAGGACACAUCUUGUACCCCAGAAGAAAUAAAGGAAAUCGUAGCAUGUUCUACAUAUAUUGACUCUUUCAUUGAGGCGGAGAGUGUAAGAAGUGGUGUACCUAAGGAACAGCUGAUGAAGCAGGUUAGAGAACACCUAGAAGAAAUGGGCAUGGAUAAGAAAAUGCAUGUGAUUAGAUGGAUGGGAAUUGUUUUUCUGAAGAUCUCUUUCAUGAUGAGAAUUGGAAUUUUUGUCAAUGAAACGGCAAUUUUAAAGUUAAAAGAGCAAAUGGGUAAAAACCCCAUCGUAUUUCUGCCGACGCAUCGCAGUUACGCUGACUUUUGCGUGUUGACGUACAUAUGCUACCACUACGAUAUAGAGUUGCCGGCCGUUGCCGCGGGAAUGGAUUUCUAUUCAAUGGCGGUGGUUGGACAGCGGAUGCGGGAGACUGGUGCUUUCUUCAUCCGACGAACGAUAGUGGGAGCGCCACUGUACGCGGCCACGCUGAAGCAAUACGUGCGCACUCUGGUCGCGAAGUACCACGCCCCCCUCGAGUUCUUUAUAGAGGGAACUAGGAGUAGAAGCAACAAAUCAUUACCGCCAAAAUAUGGUAUGCUGUCAAUGAGUCUGAUGGCGUACUUCGCGGGCGAGGUGUCAGAUAUAACUAUCGUGCCUGUCAACUUCAGCUACGAUCGCAUCAUGGAGCAGAUAUUGUUCGCGUACGAACAUAUCGGAGUGCCCAAACCUAAGGAAUCUACGGGAGGAUUAUUAAAAGCAUUACGCAGUUUGAACGAUCACUUCGGCAACAUAUACGUUAAUUUUGGUACUCAGAUAUCUCUGAAGGAAUACUUAAAGAAUACAAACUUAGUAACAGACGAAACUUUAAAGCCAACUAGUCUCCAACAAUUGACACCUGAACAAUUGUCACAAGUACGAGACAUAGCUGACGAAGUUGUGGUAUUGCAGCAAAACAGCGCUGUAGCGAUUAUAACGAAUCUACUAGCGUUUGUACUAAUGGAUAGCUUGAUGAAAUGUAAAGCGCUUCAUUAUGAAGAAAUUUUGCUUGAAGUUCAAUGGAUGAUGGAAGUGCUAAGGGGUUUAGGAGCAUCUGUGUAUGAGAAAGAUAUUGAAAAUAGUUUGGAUAGGAUAUUGGUGGUUCAUCAUAAAACAGUGGCGUUGGACAGAGAGAGGAGACUGCGUCUACUGACAGGUGACCUCAUGGAGGUUUCCAGUGAAGUGUCUGCUAAAAUGAAAGGUCACAUUUUGAAAGCAGAAACGAUGAUGACCGCAGUACCUGUUAUACAACUUCAAAUAUAUAUUAAUCCAGUGCUCCAUUAUAUCAUGAGCCCUGCUCUAGUAUAUGUUCUUGUCAAACGCGGAUCAACUAAUACUGACAAACUAGCAAACGAUUACUAUCGAUUAAGAAAAUUGUUAAAGCACGAAUUCUUUUACAUCGAGAGAACUGAAAAAGAUAUCUUAAACAAAGCAAUAGAUUACUGCAAACAGCAUCAUGUAGUUAUCAACGAUGAGGGAACAUUGAGAGUGGGCGAUGCAAACAGAAUGCAGUUUUUGUUAGAGUGGGCCUUGCUGCCAUUCCUUACCACAUUAAUGCUGUGUCUAGAUGUUAUCAUUCAGAUGAGGCGGUGUGAGCACAAGCAAGUAUUGAAGCUCGUGCAAGAGAGGGCGGAGCGCGAGGGGCGACACCCCUACUGUCUCAGCCUGGAAUCUUCCGCCAACUGCCUGCAGGGCCUGCUCGCCACCGGAGCAAUACUUAAGCAUAAAAAUGGUUCAGAUAGUAUUUACGAAGUGGUGCCAGCGGCGAUGGAGAAAUGUCGACAGCUAGUCAGUUCAGUGUUGCCUGAAAUAAAUACGGUGUGGGGUAGAAACAACCCCGUGUUCGAGAGACGCGCACCCCUCACCUCGCGUCUCUAGUUGUUACUUGUUGCAGCUAGUCUGGUUGUUAUUGCGUUUUUAUUAGAGUAGUUUUCUGACAAACUUGUAUAAACCAUAGUCAAAAGAAACAUAUAAUAUACGUCAAGACAAGUCUCACGACUGUUUCAAGGUUACAAAGAGAUAAACACUUUCCAUGCCGAGUUUUGUCGAGUAUGCACAUUGAACGUGUUAUAAUGCAGUUUGUCUCGAUUUAGAUGAAAAUAUAAAGAAUAGAAAUAGAUAAGAUGUUAAAUGUAUUAGCAGGUUCAAGAUAGUUUAACCCUUAUUAGCCUAGAAUUUCAAUUUUGAUACCAAUCUUUUAAACCCAAUGUUCACAUUACUAUUAGUUUUUUUAUAGGUUGGCUGUACU